AUGUCUCAGCGAUCCGCAUCUUCAACAUCUGGCUGGACUCCGAUAUACACCCGGAGAAGUCCGAAUUACAGCCCAAGCACGCCAGUACACAGACCGAGCACUGCGGCAAACGGUUCGACCAGUCCGCUAUAUAGCCCUACUAGUCCAGUAUACAGUCCAACCACUCCAGAUUUCGGCUUAGGCAGUUCAGCAUACAGAGCAAGUAAUCCAGCAGACAGAGUGACCUCUUUCAAAUACAGCCCAACAAGUGCCGCAUAUAGCCCAAGCACUCCUGUAUUCAGCACAAACAGUCCAUCGGAAAUUGAGGUUCCUCAUCUAGAUCUCAAUUCACCCAAUCCUGCAGAUGUUAUUUCGACUAUUGCAGCCAAUAAAAGUUACCGGGUAGAACUCAUCGAUUCUACUCGGCAACAAGCUUCCCCGUAUCCGAGAAGAGUCAGCGGUUUACUUCCAAUGGCCAAGGCCACCAAUAAAACCCGCCCAAACGAGUCCCGCCAAUUGUCUGACGCCCGCUGCGGUUCUCCAGUAGUAGCUCCUACAUCGACCCCAAACCCCGAUCCCUCCACGUCAAAUCCAGGAGUUGCAGAUGCAAACUCGAUGUCAGGUCCGGCUUAUAUGGACACACUGACACGAGCGAUCAGCGCAAUCGACGUUAAAGAAUACAAGGGCGUCCCUGAAGACGUUUCCGAGAAAGCUCAGGAAGGCUCUGAGAUCUCAGAUACAGAUUCAUUGGCGCAAUUCGCCUCAGACUUGGAGGUUGUAAAGCUUGUGGAUCACAUCCCUGAUAUAGAUCUCAACAAAGGUCGGGAAGGAACAUCUCAAGCAUCCCGCGAAGAAACCAAGCCGAGGAGGACAUCUCUCCUCGAAGAGUCGACUGCGACUAUCAUUCCUUCGACUCUACCCGAAGACGCCAGCAAGGAAUCCGACGCAGCAUCCACCCAAGUCUCUAACGCCAUUCCUAAAUUCAUCCCGGAAUUCAUCAUUUCAAAAAAUGUCCAACCAGCUCCAAACACCGGACCUUCCGCGGACAAAUGGUAUCUCUACAACAUCCACGGCCACGGGUUCUUCUCAUCCCAUGAGAUAAAAGAGCACAAGUGUCUUGCCACGAUCACAAUCUCUCUUGCACCACAUCUUAAACUCGAGUUAUCUAACGUCGCGGAUAACAAAUUUGUGACAGAAAAUAUCAAGAAUAUCGAUAUCACGCUUAAACCGCAGGAGAAUGCUCCAUUCUGGACAUAUGCGCUAGCUUUCAAGAAUAAUGGUCCGCUUGAGAAUGUUGAGGUACCUGAGAAGAAUGUCUCGGGGAAGGAGGUAAAAAAAGCAACGUAUUCGGAAAUCGUUUUGAAUGAGAGUAAGAUUACCAAGGUAGUUGACCACGAGCUAGUUGGAUAUAAGGUUCUUGGAGGAAAGGUGGCUGAAGAGAGGGUAGCUGAAAAGAAGGUAGCUGAAGAAAAGGUAUCUAAAGAGAAGGUGGUUGAAGAACAGACGGUCGAAGACAAAAUAGUCCAAGAGGACAGUAAUUCAUCGUCGAAUCCAACAACAAGCCGCUACCUAGCGCUUAAAGACUUGGUUAUGACUGUGCAACCGGUCUGGGGUGAAGAAUACAGUACCGAAGUCAUCGAUCAACUCCCUGCUCGUGAUGUGAACCUCCUAGACAACAUCACGUGUGAGUUGCUGAAACUGGUCGUCAAACACACAGGUGCAAAUGCCAAAACGAUACUGGUCGGAUGCUGCAAAGCACUGCCCCCGAAAUUUAUCUGCACUAACAAGACCCCCGCGGAUGAUCUUAAGUUCUUUCAAACUAUCGUAAAUCAGGUCGUCGACACCCGCGGUUGGCAAGCUGACAAGUUAAUGGUCUUCUUCAAUGAUGGCCCACCUCACCUAUGGAAGGGUGCUGAUGAAGUAUGGGACACGAUACGGAGGGCAUUUCCAGAAGAACUCGGGAACGCAUCUUGGAGUGAUAGCAAGAAUUAUUAUGUUGAUGCGCGGUGCGGGAGGGGUGGCAUAUAUUGUUUGGUAGACACAAGUGCGUAG